CGUGGAAGCAUCUUCAAGCAGUACACGUGUUCGUCAUUUCACUAUAAGGGUCUUUUUUACGCGAACUGUCGUCUCUUCAACCAGGUUUGUUUCAUCUCUCGAAAAAAUUGCCUUUUUCGAUUUUGACGGGAAGCAGAGGCACAGAGAGAGAGAUCGAUGGGGCUGCUCUCCAACAGAGUCGAUCGAGGUAGCCUCAAACCAGGCGAUCACAUCUACUCUUGGAGGACGGCUUACAUCUACGCUCACCACGGGAUCUAUGUUGGAGAUGAUAAAGUCGUUCAUUUUACCAGACGAGGUCAAGAAGUAGGAACUGGGACAGUGCUGGAUCUGCUAUUGGUAAGCUCUGGGCCAUCUAAUUCUCGAGUACCCUGUCCCACCUGCACUCAUCAAGAAGAUAGUCACGGUGUAGUCACUUCAUGCCUGAAUUGUUUCCUUGCUGGUGGUGUCCUUUACCGUUUUGAGUAUGAUGUCAACCCCGUUCACUUUAUUGCAAAAGCACGUGGUGGGACUUGCACUCUUGCAGUCUCUGAUCCAAGCGAAGAGGUGGUUCAUCGGGCAAACUACCUGCUUCACAACGGCUUUGGGUGUUACAAUGUAUUUAAGAACAACUGUGAAGACUUUGCCAUCUACUGUAAGACAGGACUGCUCGUCUUGGAUCAAGGAACAAUAGGGCAGAGUGGCCAAGCAGUAUCUAUUAUUGGUGGUCCACUUGCAGCUGUUCUAUCCACACCACUGCGCCUCAUCACAACCAACCUGUAUGGGAUGGCAGCGAUGGCUGUUGGGGUUUACUGUGCAAGCCGGUAUGCAGCCGAUAUUGGCAUGAGGAGGGACGUAAUGAAGGUGGAAGUCGAGGACUUGACCAGGAGACUAGCCGCUGGUGUGCUCCAGGUGCUUGAACCAACUCCAAUAAGUUUGCCAUCACCUGCCAACUAGUCCUCUGGUUUUACACCGUCCAAAAAUGUGUGUAAUCUCAAUUCACUGUUGAUUGUGACUCCUGUGUCGAAUUCUACAACAUCUACUGGCGAUGCGGUGUGGGUAUGCUUUUAGCCUUGUGAAUGUUGUUCUGCUAUAUUAUUAUGGCUUCUUGUGUUCUUUUUAUAAUAGGCUAUUCUUCAGCCAAACUGUUACCAAAGGGAUUUCGGAUGUUGGGUGUCCAUCCCUGAAGUCUUUGGUAUUUUUGAAUUGAAGAUAAAAAUUGCUCUCUAUUUUUAUAGCAUUUUUAUAAGGUUAAAGAUUCCCAUAUUUUCACCA